CUCUUUUUUCGCGCUCCGCCUCGUAAAAUAAUCGCGAAUCACAGGAUACAAAUGGUGUUGGCCAACUGACACUACCAGACAAAGGCACGGCAUCAUGAUUUCCCCCUCGUUCGCCAUUCCUCAACCUUCGACCUGACACAUUGCCAGCGAGGGCAAUCAUCUGACCGGCAUCUAUAUCAACCCGCUGCGACGGGCGCAACCACAAUUCCCCUUCCGAGUCAACAUCUCCAAAUCGCAAACUCGAAAGAAAAAGACGGAAAAUGGCCGGACCGGGAAAGAAACCGAAGAGGAGGGCAACCUUCCCUUGGGAGAGGCGCCAGAGUCUCUACCAGCCUCUAACCGCCAUGGAUAAACUCAUCGAUUCCCCCCUCCGAGCGGUGAUGCUAUUUGUACAUAGUCUUCUAGUCUCCCUCCGCGGGGCACCCUUUCAGCCCCACCGAUCGAAGCCCACGAUUAGAAUAGUCUGCAUAUCAGACACCCAUUCGAAUAUAAUUCCAGUCGCACACGGUGACGUGUUGAUCCAUGCGGGAGAUCUCACCAAUAAAGGAACAGUAGAGGAGAUACAAGCCCAAUUAGACUGGCUGGACUCAUUACCUCACAAGGAGAAGAUUGUUAUCGCAGGAAACCAUGAUAGUUAUUUUGAUACCGAGUCUCGACGCGCGACCGAUAUCGGGAAGGAGUUGGAUUUGAAGUCCAUUCAUUAUUUGGAGAAUGAAUCUCUGACGCUGAAGUUCAAAGGCGGGAGAGAACUUAACUUCUAUGGCAGUCCUGAUAUUCCUCAAUGUGGGGGAAGUGACUUUGCGUGAGUUUCUAAAAUCCCAAAACGAUUAAAAGAAAUUUGCGGGGUAUACAGAAAUACUAACAAAUUCCUAGCUUUCAAUACCCACGCGAUCUCCCCUCCUGGGAAACCUCCAUCCCUCUUUCAACCGACGUCCUAAUAACCCACUCUCCACCCCGCUACCAUCGCGAUCUCAACCUCGGUUGCGCCGGCCUCCUAGAAAGAAUCUGGCAAGUCCGACCUAAACUGCACGUCUUCGGGCACAUCCACUCAGGCCAUGGGCGCGAAGCAGUAUUUUGGGACGAGGGACAAAAAGCCUACGAGCGGCUCAUGGAUCGAAAGACCACGGGUAUACUCGCAGAUCUAAUACCCAGUUCUGCCUGGCUUGACGCGUUGAAAAUUGUUUGGUACGGCAUUAAGGGUAUUCUUUGGCAGAGACUUAUGGUUGGUCCUGCGGGUGGCAAUGGAGGCCUGUUGCUUAAUGCUGCAGUUGUUUACCAGACUACCAGUGAUGUAGGGAAUACGAUUCAGGUUGUUGAGUUGUGAAUAUGAUGGCUGUAUGUACAUAGGUACUU